UCUAUUAAUAAUUUUGCAGAUUACUAAUAUUAUUAUUGUUAUUAUUAUUGUUAUUAUUCAGCCCAAGUAUUGACAUCCGAAUAGUCCAAAUAUUCUUACUUCAGCCCAAAAGUAAAUCCACGUAAUGCUAUUCAAGAAAGUAAAUCCACGUAAUGCUAUUCUUCGUCUUCCAUAGCAAUGCGCAGCGUAGUAUACGUCACGUCGAAGAACCCGUGAUUUAAUGGUGGUCCUUUCUUCUAGUGGCGAUGGAAGAGCGGCCAGAAGAUCCCCCACUCAACGAAGGUGGCGUCUCUCGGCAGCAACGGCUUCCUCUGACGCGAACAAGUCCGGCGGCGAUUCCAGUGACGAUCAGCAGCAGCAGUUUGUAUGGUGACAACAACUCACGGCGGCGCUUCCUCUCCAAGGAAACAGCCCGGCGGCGUUCAGAGGAGACGGUUCAGUCCGGUGAACUCCUCUCUCCGUCGAACUAUUCCGGCCGACUGGCAACUACAUACACUCCGGCGACGUAGAAACACACGGCUCCAGCAGGUCAGCUCAGAUGGCGGCGACGGGCUCUUCCUCCAGCGGCAGCUGGGUUUCUUUUCCAGUGACUCUCUCUUCAUUUACGGCGUAGUCCCCUAUGGUUCUAUCCCUCCGGCGUCGUGCGGUGAUAAACAGGGGCGACGAAUCCCGGCCUAAAUCUCCCCCUCUUUUCCCUAUCGAUGACGGUAUCAAAGUAUUCAAGUUUCCUUUUGGUUUUGAUUUCCUUUGCCCC